CGUGGCUCGAGGGUGAAAAACAGCCAGCGACUUUGAGAAAUUUCUCGAUCUUUCCUCGCGGUUUCAAAUAGGGCGGAACCACAGCGAUGCAGGAGCAUAAAAACACCCUCGGGUGGACGGGACAACACCUCUCCCAUGAUAUUAGUCCAAGAUCUGCUUGCAAAGAUUUGUUGGAAGUAUUUGUGAACUUUACUCAACUGAUAAGCAAACGCCUCGACGCAAGCAGGACUUCUGUGAACCGACUUUUGGAGAAUAUCGAGUUCAGAACGAGCGCUCGAUGGUGAAGAUGGGGAAGGAUUAUUACAGUGUGCUGGGAAUACAGAAAGGCGCAUCCGACGAUGAGAUCAAGAAAGCUUAUCGCAAACAAGCGCUCAAGUACCAUCCGGACAAAAACAAGUCUCCCGGCGCCGAGGACAAGUUCAAGGAGAUCGCGGAGGCUUACGACGUGCUGAGCGACCCGAAGAAGAAAGACGUAUAUGACAAAUUUGGUGAAGAAGGACUGAAGGGAGGCAUCCCCGGCGGUGGAGGUGCUGGCGGUAAUUUCACCUACACUUUCCAAGGCGAUCCUCAUGCAAUGUUUACAGAGUUUUUUGGAGGAAGGAACCCUUUUGAGCAGUUUUUUGGACGCAACGGUGGCAUGGAGGAGGAUAUGGAAACCGAUGACCCGUUUGCCAGUUUUGGCAUGGGUGGCAUGGGCGGUUUCCCCCGCUCCUUUAACACACGCGGUCACGGAGGGAGACUGGAGAAAAAACAGGACCCUCCGGUGACCCACGACCUGAGGGUCAGUCUAGAUGAAGUGCUCACUGGCUGCACCAAGAAGAUGAAGAUCUCACGCAAACGCCUGAACCCCGACGGAAGAACAACGCGCACCGAGGACAAGAUUCUUACCGUGGAGGUGAAGAAAGGCUGGAAGGAAGGAACCAAGAUAACUUUCCCCAAGGAAGGUGAUGAGACGCCAACAAACAUCCCUGCAGACGUUGUGUUUGUGGUGAAAGAUAAACCACAUCCCGUGUACAAACGAGAUGGAUCAGAUGUUAUUUAUCCUGCAAAAAUUACACUCCGAGAGGCACUUUGUGGUUGCGUGAUCAACGUCCCAACACUGGAUGGUCGCAAAAUUAAGCUGACCACUCAGGAAAUUAUUCGUCCCGGGAUGAAACGGCGUGUCACUGGGGAGGGUCUUCCUCUUCCGAAAUCCCCAGAUCGCCGCGGGGACUUGGUUGUCGAAUACGAGGUCAUGUUUCCUGAAAGGUUGAGUCAGAGUGCCAAAGACACUAUCGCAAAUGUUUUGCCAUCUCCUUGAGCUGCGUAUAUAUUACAACACUGGAGCCAUUGCCAUUUGCGGAUUUUUGGUUUCAUAGCAUUUAAAGAUGAAUAUUUGAGCUCAGCCCAAUUUGCUGCUGCAAAACAAAGCUGUUAUUCUGUAACAUACUGCCAUUGAGAGACUAUCUGAUCCAAAAGAUAGCUGGACUGGACUGGUUUAUCUAUCUGUGUCAUGUACAUGAACACAUGUUUCCUUUGGGUCUAGUCCAGCACAAAGUCUCCAGCUGUGGCCUCUGGGCCAGUGUUUGGUAGUGCACUACACACAUCUAAGUUUACAAUGUUGACUUGCUCCAAAGAUGGACAGUAGAGGAUGUUGUGAUGUGUGGGGAUACAUGUGGUUUCUUUUCUGACUUGAUACCUCAGGAAAGGCUUUCUGUGAAAGCUGCCUGUAAAUGUUCUUCCAUUACAGUCUAAUAUAGACGUUUAGUAACGUCAUGAAAAGUCAUUCACAAUGAAGUGGUGGCCCAAAGUGAUCCCUGCUUGGAUCGUCCCUCAUCUAAGUAUGUGAAUCAGCACAUGCAAGGAAUCACCUAGACAGCAAUUUUACAGAAGAAUUUGUUUUUUUUUAAUAAAAGUAAAAAGAAUUGGACUGUUUUUCUGUUUACUUAACUGAUGUUAUGAAUUGUUAUGACGUUUGUCUCUGUGAAAUUGAAUUUGUCGCUUCACAUUGUUGAUAUUAAACAGUAUGUUGGA